AACAGGUCAGAGGGCUGCAAAGCUCCUGUCCCUUGAGAUUUCCUUCUUUAGAUCAUUAGUCUUGUUGAAGAGCUCCCUUGAAUACAGGGAGCAGAAACUGAGGAAAAGGCUGGAACCAUUUUAUUUUUCUGGGACACACUGAGGGAAGUGCAAUUUCUGAGUCAUAAGCUCCGCUGAAAAUGCCUGGUCAGUCUUCUUCACAGGCACCUUGGAGGAACAACAACAUCAGUUUUCUGAGCAGGGAGGCAGCUGUAACAGAGCAAGGAGAGACUAUCAUAGGUUUCUACCUACUGGCUUUAGGCUGGCUGUCUUGGUUUGGAAACAGUAUUGUGAUUUUUGUCCUGUAUAAACAAAGACAUGUUCUGCAGCCCACCGACUACCUCACAUUUAACUUGGCUGUAUCAGAUGCUAGUAUCUCUGUGUUUGGUUAUUCACGGGGGAUCAUUGAAAUCUUCAACGUCUUCAGGGAUGAUGGAUUCAUUAUCACAUCAAUAUGGACUUGCCAGGUUGAUGGCUUCCUGACACUUCUUUUUGGCCUGGCUAGUAUUAAUACCCUUACAGUAAUCAGCGUGACUCGCUACAUCAAGGGCUGCCAUCCUGAAAGAGGUCACUGCAUCAGCAACAGCAGCAUGACAGUGGCUCUGGUCCUCAUCUGGAUAGCAGCUUUCUUCUGGUCAGCAGCUCCAUUACUUGGCUGGGGCAGUUAUACAGAUCGCAUGUAUGGCACAUGUGAGAUAGACUGGGCAAAAGCCAACUUCUCUACAAUCUACAAGUCCUACAUUGUCUCCAUUUUUAUCUGCUGUUUUUUCCUACCUGUCACAGUCAUGGUCUUUUCAUAUGUGUCAAUUAUCAACACUGUCAAGCUAAGCCAUGCGUUAACAGGACUUGGUGAUCCCACAGACAGACAGAGGAGAAUAGAGAGGAAUGUCACCAGGGUUUCUAUCGUCAUUUGCACAGCCUUUAUUAUUGCAUGGUCACCAUAUGCCGUCAUCUCUAUAUGGUCUGCCUAUGGUUACGCUGUGCCCAAUCUUACCAGCAUCCUUGCCAGUUUGUUUGCCAAGUCUGCCAGCUUCUACAAUCCCAUUAUCUACUUUGGAAUGAGCUCCAAAUUUCGGAGGGACAUUUUCGUCUUGUUCCAUUGUGCCAAGGAAGUCAAAGACCCUGUGAAGCUCAAACGUUUCAAAAACCUCAAGCAAAAACAACAAGAGCCCUCUCAGAAAGCAGAGAAGUAUGCAGGAGAAAUGUACCCCGCUCCAAGCCCUGAUUCUGGGGUGGGAAGUCCAACCAACACCCCACCUCCAGCAAACAGGGAAGUAUAUUUUGGUAUUUUGGAUACGCCAUCUAAUAACCCUGAUAUUGAAUGUGAUAGACUGUAAGUUUUGCAGCCACUUAACACGUGCACCCAUUUUAUGUUCAGGAAGACCCUCUUCAGAUCAGUGCUCAAGUGAUUUCCUUAUCCCUGGUCUGUUUCUUGCUGUAGCACUGAAGACUAUACAACUCAAGCAAAUCAGACGGUGAAGCAGUAUUUUCCUUCUAUUUACGUACAAAACCCUACGAAGCACGUUACAAUACAGGCAGCACACCCAGUGCCAGAAAUAUUCAAUUUUCACAUGCAUGCAGGAAAAAGAAGACUGACUUGUGGAGAGCAGGCAUUAGCUACCAAAAAUAACUAUUAUGUUCCCAUCCAAAUUUUAUCAAUGAAGGGAUCACAUUUCCAAAUAUGUUUUUUGCUCUUCAACAGGCCCAGCCGUAGAGGGUUGGUUUAGCUCUGUGGUGCAGCACAGCCCAGGCUGUAGAAGAUGGGCCCUGCCGAGAUGGCUGCGGAGCUGCUGCAACCCCAGUGGCUGGGAGCUGGUAGGCAAAGCCACGCGCUCCCUGGGGGGCACCGGGGCUGCCAGGCCCUGGGCAUACACAGGUGCGUGUCCCAUCGCCUGUGCCUGGCUCUGUGCAUCUAUGCAAGUGCUAGGAGUCAUAGAUCUUUGCGUUCUCUGGUCCCUGUAGUCUGAACAGUGGCAUCAUACUUGUCCUCAUUGGUCUACAGAAUUAUUUUUACCUUCCCUGACCUUCCCAGUGAGAAGAGCCUGUGUGUAGCAUUCACAUUCGAGAAAGCUGGCCUUUAAUUUUGCUGAUCUGUCUCCAAACUGGUUGUUAUUAAGAAGGAGCAAAAGAUGUACAGGCACCAAAACCCAAAAUGACACUAAGGUUUUAAGACUGCUGAUGAAGUGUGGCAUCAGAGCUAUUUGUAAAGUAUAAUCCAACACUUCGCUGCUGCUUCUAAAGAAAGUUUUUGUACCUGCCUACACGUAAAAAAUGACUUUUAGGUAAACAUAACUAAGUAGCAAUUAAGGAUAGUGAUUUCAAUAGCUAAGCUGUAGGCUUUAAUCAGUAGCAAGACUAUCAGAUGUUAUAAUAUCCAAUUAUUCCACCAAGUUUAUCUUACAGAUUCAAAAUGAGGGGGUAUAGCUUCAUAAUUCCUCAUCUUGGAAAUUAACUACAGACUCUGAGACUUCUGUAAAAAGGCCUCUGUAUUAGCUGUGGAAAUUGUGGGUUCAUUUAGUGCCGUUUGCAAGUUAAACAAGGGGAAAAAAAAGAAGAAAACCACCCUAACAACAUUGGUUGCUAACCUCACUGCUAUUUAUGGCUUUUUGGAAUCUCACUGUCCGCAUCUGCUAAAAUGUAGUUGUUUUGCAACAGUAUGCUUUUCCAGAUGUGUUUCUUGGGAAAGUUACAAAGAGAUCCUGCCUUCAUUUCCCCCAUUACUCUAUUUGUUUUGAGAAAAUCACCUCUGUUUUGAAGUUAAAAACAAAUAAACAUUACAAGCAACA